UAGUAGUACUAGUAGUAGUACGGUUAAAGUCCUGCCUGAAACUCAGACAGGGCGAUCGGAUUCUGUUGUUUGAACACUGUAUUGUAUCGAGCUGCCUCCAGGCUCCUAGGAUCUCCUGGCUGUCUGUCUAGCAAUAUAUGUAGUGGCCGCUGAGCUUUGCUGGCCCGUGCCACAUGUUGCCUUCGUUGCCAGUGGGCCACGGUAGACCGGUUGAGCAUACAGAUGUACAGAUCUUCUGCUUGAGCAAAAGAACGGCAGUGAUGGGAGGUUGCUGAAUGUGCAAAAUGGCAAGCUCCAGUGGCGACCCAGCUGCGAACGGCAAGGGAAUCACUCGGCUGGACCGGCUCCUCACGCUGCUGGACACUGGUGGCACUCCCGCCACUCGCCGCAAUGCUGCGCAGCAGAUUGGGGAGCUGGUUGGGCUGCACAAAGAAGGCCUCCGCGCCCUUCUUGCAAAAAUUCAUCGCUUCCUGCGCAGCAAGAAGUGGGACACUCGUGUGGCGGCCGGCCAGGCUGUGGGGGCCAUCGCCCAGAAUGUACCUCAUGUUACUGUGGAGAGCUUGGAGAAAGCUGGCGAGCUGGCGAGCACUGGGGGGCAGCUGAGUACGGACAAGCUGGACAUUCAAGGAUCGGGGACGUCUGAAGGGUCGUUGGACAGCGGGCUGAUGCAAUUUUCGAGCUUCGACAUCCAGAAAGUACUGGAGCACGGUGCGCUUCUCCUCUCGUCGGGCGGCGAAGAAUACGAUUCUGCACCGGUGGGGGGAUCCAUUCAGGAACGGCUGGCGCAGCAGAGACAGAACCUGAAGCGCAGGCUAGGUCUGGAAGAAGCGGAGCGGUUCUUGGACGUGAAUCAGAUCUUCGAGGAUGAAGACUUGGUGCAGAAGCCCGCCGCGGACGCUCUGCCGUCGGACGGCCGCCAGAAGGUGGAGGAGCUGAUCUCGGGGAUGGGCCACCUGAGCGCGCGCGAGCGGAACCAGCUGAAGCGCAAGGCCAAGGCGCAGGCGCGCGGCCGCGAGGCCGCUUACGUCAGCAGGGAGGAGGAGGGGCCUGCGGCAAAGAAGCAGCGUGCCAGCAAGACCGUCGUCACGGAGCAGCCGCAGGACGGGAACAAGGUGAUGGUGGAAGCCGUGGCUGACGAGGACGCGGAGGAGGACGACUUUGCGGGCGCGUGGCCGUUCUCCAGCUUCUGCGACCGCCUCCUGCACGAGAUGUUCGACCCAGUCUGGGAGAUCCGCCACGGUGCCAUCAUUGCACUUCGCGAGAUCCUGAGCUCCCACGCGUCCAGUGCUGGCAUCACCAAACCCCUGGAAACUUCGAACCCCUCUGCCGCGGCCCUAGAAGCCCGGCGCUCAAACGAGGCGUGGCUUGAGGAUUGCGCGGUGCGCCUGCUGUGCAUCUUCGCCCUGGACCGCUUUGGAGACUUCGUGUCGGAUCAGACCGUCGCUCCCAUCCGCGAGACCACCGCCCAGGCCCUCGGCGCCGUCCUCCGCUCCGCGCCCCCGCGCCUAGUUGCCUCCACCCUCUCCGUUCUCUCCGUGCUCCGCUCCCGGCCCGAGUGGCAAGUCCGCCACGGAGCCCUUCUAAGCCUCAAAUACCUAGUCGCCGUGCGCCCGGGGAUGAUUCCCGGGCUCCUCGCGCCGCACCUCCUGCCCGCCGCGCUGGCCGGGCUACGCGACCGGGACGAUGACGUCAUCGCGGCGUCGGCCGACGCGCUCCUGCCAGCGGCGGGCGCGAUCGCGGGGGGGGCCGGGGAGGCGGUGCCGCGGCUGUUGCGGGCGCUCUGGGACGCGCUGCUGAACCUGGACGACCUGAGCCCGUCGAUUGGGAGCGUGAUGCGGCUGCUGGCGGAACUGUACGCGCAGCCGGGGGUGGCCGCCGCAGGUGCACGCUCCGCCGUUAAGAAAGAAGAGCCCGACCCCGAUACCGCCCAACUCCCCAGUCUGGAAAACCUCGUCCCUCGCCUCUGGCCCUUCAUGCGGCACACAAUCACCACCGUCCGAUCAGCCGCAAUAACGACGCUGGAACGCCUCCUGAACACGCACGGGGGGGUCGCAUCGGCUGGCGGAAGCACCCCCCUCUGGGUGUCGGCCGUCCUCUCAGACGCACUGCGGCUGACCUUCCAAAACCUUCUGCUCGAAGUCAACGAACCGAUCGUCGCGAGUUCGCGCAACGUUUGGGAGAUUCUGCUCCACAAAGGGGGGGCGGAGAAAAGCGCACCGUUCCUGGGGGGCUGGUUUGCCCUGGCGGCGACCCCCUCGGGGAUGCGGCUGGACGCGAGUCUGCUCCUUUCGGGGGGGAGGUUAGAGGAGAAGGACCGGGGAGGGGGUGGAAAACAGACGGGGGGUGUCGAGCGAUCUGGGCCGUUGGUUGGGGCGGAGGGGAGCCCAUCGGCGGUGGAGAUGCGCGCGCAGGGGGGCUGGGCUUUGGCGAGGCUGGGGCUAGCGCUUCAGAAUGAGAACAUUGGGGGUUUCUGUGGGCACGUGACGGAGUUACUCCAAAGCCCCCGGGCGACGAGCCGCCAGCUGGCCGGUACGAUCAUGGCCGAGUGGUUUAAGGGUUUGGCAAACCCCGAUGCUUCAUUAGCAAACGGCGAAGUGAAGACCGAAAACGGUGGUGUCAAGACGGAGGGAGGAGCGAAAAUGGAAGAGGUUUCCAGCGUGCUCGGUUCGCCGGCCGUGGCUGCGUUGAGGCAGAGAGCGCUGGAGCUUCUCCAGGCAAAUGACGCCGGUUCCCCCACCCCGGGCUCUGCCGCGCCCUACGCCGACCUGAAGCCGAUUUACACCAGGAUGCGCGAGGAGGCGGCGGCCAUGGCCGCGCACGCCCGCGCGGCCGGUGUGAAAACCCCGGCCUACAAGUUCGACGCGC